AUGCGGGACGACAAGCCGGCGGUGUUCUCGAACGCUCCCGACACGCAGCUGCGCCCCGUGCUCACCGCUGCCGCAUGGACCGCGGCGGACAUGCGUGCCAGGGAGCACGAGUGGACCUACCACCUGACCCCCAAUGACAUCCAGGAGCUGGAUGAGGCUCUGGUUCUCGCCAGGGCGACGGGGAAGCCCAUCCAUGAGCUCACCCAGGAGGACUUUCCCCUGCCCUUGCUGGCACCCAAGCUCAGGGCCUUGGGCUCCGAGGUGGUCCACGGCCGCGGGUUCCAAAUCAUCAAAGGCGUCCCUGUGGAGCGCUGGAGCCGGGAAGAGAGCGUGACGGCGUACUGGGGCAUGGGUCUGCGCUGGGGCCGCGCCGUGUCCAACAAUGCCGCGGGGCACCUGGUGGGGCACAUCAAGGACAUUGGGCACGACCCGCUGGACCCCAGCACGCGCCUGUUCGCGACGCGCGCGGCGCAGCCCUUCCACAACGACGCGGCGGACGUGGUGGGCCUGCUGUGCCUGACCCUGGGAGAGUCCGGGGGGCUCAGCUCCUGGACCAGCUCCGUGUCGGUGUACAACGCGGUGCUGGCCGCCCGCCCCGACCUGGCGCGCCUGCUGACCCAGCCCUGGGUCUGGGACCGCAAGGGCGAGGUCCCGCCCGGCAAGCCGCCCACCUUUGCCAUGCCCGUGUUCAACCACCAUGCGGGCCACCUGUCGGUGAACUGGAGCAGCAACUACUUCCUCGCCGCGCAGCGCCACCCGGGCGUGCCGGCCCUGACCCCCGCACACCUCGAGGCCAUCGCGCUGGUGGACGCACUGGCCGCCAGCGACGCGCUGCGCCUGGACGCCAUGCUGGCGCCGGGGGACGUGCAGUUGCUGAGCAACCACACCGUGUUCCACGCGCGCAGCGCCUUCACCGACUCGCCGGAGCGCAAGCGCCACCUGCUGCGCCUCUGGCUGGCGCCGGAGGACGACCGGCCCCUGCCCGAGGCCUACAGGGAGAUCCUGGGCGGGUCGGUGGAGGGCGCCGAGUGGAACCCCGACAUGACGGCCAUCGCCUCCCCAUGGGCUCAUUCCAGCCCCUCCUACUCCCUCUUUGGCGGCUCCGGCUUUCUCUCCGAUGACGAUCUGCACUCCCAACAUGAUUCCGUGCUGACGGUGUCUGGCUCCGCCUCGCCCACCACCUCGCCCAAGGAGGCAGUGGCCGCCCCCCACCCCUUCACCCCCGCCGCCCUGCGCCAGUGCGCCAAGCAGGUGAACAUGCGGCUCAUGCACGCGCACUCCCCCGCCGACAUCUUCUGCAUCGUGGCCGAUGGCCUGGAGUUCUUCGACAGCAUCAACCUCACCGCCGCCUUCCAGCGCCUGGCCAAGUUCCUGGCCGCGCACCCGCGCGAGCGCCCGGCCGUCCUUUCCUCCCCCGUCUUCCACUCCCUGGCGGGCAUGAUGGUGGAACAGUGCCACACAGGGGCCUUCAACCCCCAGUCCACCAGCAACGCCUGGUGGGCGGCGGCGCUGGGCGCCUGCCUGGCCUCUGGCGCCGAAUCCGCCCGACCCAACGCCCAAGCGGUGUCCAGCACCUGGUACGCCUGGGGGCGUAUGGGCGCCUACCUGCCCGGCACCCGCGUGCGCGACGCACUCUGGGACCGCACCUACGCCCUCGCCCUCAACUUUGACUCCCAGGGCGUGGCCAACAUGGUGUGGUCGUGGGGCCAGCUGCGGCGCCGCCACGGCGACGCCUUCCCCGUGCGCACCGACGUCCUGGCCGGACUGACCCUGCUGGUGUCGCGCAUGCCCGGCGCCUUUGCGGUGCAGGGCCUAUCCUGCACCGCCAUGGGCUGCGCCAACCUGGGCGCCACGCUGCGCGCCGCGGCGCUGCCGCUGGCCAUGGCCAACACCGCCUCGGCCCUGGCGCGCAUGGGCGGCGAGGCCGCGCGCGACGCCGCCGCGCUGGACAUGCUGGCCGCCUUCGACGCGCGCGCGGCUCGCCUCGCCGGCCCACACAAGCCCGCCGAGCUGGCGGCGCUGGCGGGGGCCAUGCAGCGCUGCGGCCUCGAGCCACGCGCGCCCUGCCUCGCCGCCGAGUUCACCGCGGCGGGGCUCUUCCUCACCAACCGCCCCGCCCAGCUCCGCGUGCGCUGA